AUGGCACAGCAGAUUGAGCGUAAUCAGGAAGCGACUGUAUAUAUUGGAAAUCUCGAUGAGCGAUGCACGGAUUCUUUAGUCUGGGAACUCAUGUUGCAGGCCGGUCCUGUUGUAAACGUCCACUUACCCAAGGAUCGUGUCACUCAAACACAUCAAGGCUAUGGCUUUUGCGAGUUUCUUACCGAGGAGGACGCUGAUUAUGCCAUUCGUAUUAUGAAUCAGAUACGGUUGUAUGGCAAACCGAUUCGUGUCAACAAGGCGACUUCAGAUCGAAAGAACCUUGAUGUUGGUGCGACAUUGUUUAUCGGCAACCUUGAUCCAGAUGUUGACGAGAAACUACUUUACGACACGUUCAGUGCAUUUGGCGUUAUUGUACAGACACCAAAAAUCGCGCGAGAUCCAGAGACCGGCAAUCUGAAAGGCUUUGGUUUUGUCAGCUUUGAUAACUUUGAUUCAUCCGAUGCAGCCAUCGACGCCAUGAACAAUCAAUAUCUCAUGAACAAGCAAAUCACAGUUUCAUAUGCAUUGAAGAAGGAUGGUAAAGGUGAACGACAUGGAUCGGCCGCAGAGAGAUUGUUGGCAGCACAAGCAAGGAAGAAUGUACAAUUACCUAAUCGAUUGUAUGCUGAUCCAUCAUCCAUGGCAAUGGGCGCCACUCCUCCUGGUCCUGCUCCUACUGCUGGUGCUGGUGCUGGUGCUGUACCACAUUACAAUAUGCCAAUGGGUGGUGCACCCGCUGCAGGAUACCCACGACCUCCACCUCCACCUCCACCCAUGGCUGCACAAGGGGCUCCAGCGCCAGGUGCUUUUGUUGGUCAAACUCCUCCUCCACCUCCACCUCCAGCUGGUUAUCCAAAUUACAAUUCAUGGCAAUAG